UUCUCCUCCGGCUGCCGUCGCGCUUUCUGGAAAUUUCGCGCCGGAAAGGGACCGUUAGUUGGAGAGAAGAGAAGAAUCCGUCUUCAUCCGCGGCUUCUGAGGCGUAGCGGCGUGCAGCCAUGCCAGAGAUCGCGAAAGGCGGCCCCAUGGCGGCUGGCGCGGGGAAUCGCAGCAUUGGUGGGGUCCGGGGUUCUUACCAGGAUAGGGACAAGCCUUCGCAGAUCCGCUUCAGCAACAUCGCGGCUGGCAAAGCUGUUGCAGAUGCUGUUAGGACAAGCCUUGGACCAAAAGGAAUGGAUAAAAUGAUCCAGGAUGGCAAAGGGGAUGUCAUGAUCACAAAUGAUGGCGCAACAAUCCUGAAGCAGAUGCAGGUUCUUCACCCUGCAGCCAAAAUGCUGGUGGAGUUAUCCAAAGCGCAAGAUAUCGAAGCUGGAGAUGGCACCACUUCUGUUGUAGUCAUUGCAGGGGCUCUCUUGGAAGCAUGUUCCAGGCUCCUUCAGAAAGGAAUUCAUCCCACAAUCAUCUCUGAGUCAUUCCAGAAGGCAUUGGAGAAGGGCGUUGAAAUUUUGGCCGGCAUGGGGCAGCCUGUUGAACUGAGUGACAGAGAAACUCUACUGAACAGUGCCACCACUGCCCUGAAUUCAAAGGUUGUAUCACAGUAUUCUAGUUUGCUUUCUCCAAUGAGUGUGGAUGCAGUGAUGAAGGUGAUAGAUCCAAUGACAGCCACCAGCGUGGAUCUCAGAGACAUCAAGAUUGUGAAAAAACUUGGGGGAACAAUCGAUGACUGUGAGUUGGUUGACGGGCUUGUCCUCACUCAGAAAUUAGCCAACACUGGUAUAACCCGAGUGGAAAAAGCCAAGAUCGGUCUCAUUCAGUUUUGCUUGUCAGCUCCAAAGACAGAUAUGGACAACCAGAUUGUUGUUUCUGACUACACUCAAAUGGACAGGGUCUUGCGUGAAGAGAGAGCCUACAUUCUGAAUCUUGUGAAGCAAAUUAAGAAGGCCGGAUGCAACGUGCUGCUUAUUCAGAAAUCCAUCCUCCGGGAUGCGCUUAGUGAUCUAGCUUUACAUUUUUUGAACAAAAUGAAGAUCAUGGUAGUUAAAGACAUUGAAAGAGAAGACAUCGAGUUUAUAUGUAAGACUAUUGGAACCAAGCCAGUUGCUCAUAUUGAUCAGUUCAUCAGUGAUAUGCUUGGCUCUGCUGAACUGGCUGAAGAGGUCAAUUUAAACGGUUCUGGAAAGCUAGUAAAGGUGACGGGUUGUGCUAGCCCGGGGAAGACUGUAACCAUUGUGGUGCGUGGCUCUAACAAACUAGUCAUUGAAGAGGCUGAACGUUCAAUUCACGAUGCCUUGUGUGUUGUCCGUUGCUUGGUGAAGAAAAGAGCCCUAAUUGCAGGUGGCGGAGCACCAGAGAUUGAGUUGGCAUUACGCUUGAACGAGUACUCCCGCACAUUGAGCGGCAUGGAGUCGUAUUGCGUCCGUGCUUACGGAGAAGCCCUGGAAAUUAUUCCGUCUACCCUGGCAGAAAAUGCAGGCCUUAAUCCCAUUACUACUGUAACCGAGCUGAGAAACAGGCAUGCUCAGGGAGAGAGAACUGCAGGCAUUAAUGUCAGAAAGGGUGGGAUUUCCAAUAUCCUGGAAGAAUUGGUGGUCCAGCCUCUGUUGGUCUCCAUCAGUGCUCUGACCCUGGCUACAGAAACUGUCCGCAGUAUUCUUAAGAUUGAUGAUGUGGUGAACACUCGAUAAGGUGACUGCAAGACAAGACAUGACAAGUCGUCAGUUAGGACUUCUUAAGAGCUGUGUCAGAUGUCUACUUAACUCGCACCCAUGUUCAUGUACCUUUUGUUAAUUUAAAUUAAUAAAAUGGCAGUCACAAAG